CACGCGCCGCCGCCUUGGCUGCUCCUUCUCAUCCACCGUCCAUCCCCGCACCCACGCUCCCUUGCGCUUGCGCUCUCGUUCCAUCCCGCACGGCGCUCGUGCUGCAUCCGUCACCCACGACUUAGCGGCCUGCAUCGCACGCCUCGCGCCUGCCGGGCCCCGUGCGCCCUUCUCCCGCGCCUGCCGCCGCGCUUCACGACCCCGCACGACGGCCGCCCGCCAUGCAGAUGCUCACCAAGUUCGAGAGCAAGUCGAACCGCGUCAAGGGCAUCGCGUUCCACCCGCGCCUGCCCUUGCUCGCCUCGUCGCUGCACAACGGCAGCAUCCAGCUGUGGAACUACCAGACGGGCACCAUCUAUGACCGCCUGGAGGAGCACGAUGGCCCCGUGCGCGGUGUCGACUUUCACCCCACGCAGCCGCUGCUCGUCAGCGGCGGCGACGACUACCGCAUCAAGGUCUGGAACCACAAGACGCGGCGCUGCGUCUUCACCCUGACGGGCCACCUGGACUACGUGCGGACCGUCUUCUUCCACCACACGCACCCAUGGAUCCUCUCUGCGUCCGACGACCAGACCAUCCGCGUGUGGAACUGGCAGAGCCGCACGUGCAUUGCCAUCCUCACUGGGCACAAUCACUACAUCAUGUGCGCACAAUUCCACCCGCGCGAGGACCUCAUCGUCUCAGCGUCGAUGGACCAGACGGUCCGUGUGUGGGACAUCUCAGGCCUGCGCAAGAAGAACACGUCGGCGCAGCCCAUGAGCAUCGAGGAGCAGAUCGCGCGUGCCAACAGCGGGCAGGCGGACCUGUUCGGCAACACGGACGCCAUGGUCAAGUACGUGCUCGAGGGCCACGAGCGCGGCGUCAACUGGGCAUCGUUCCACCCGACGCUGCCGCUCAUUGUCUCGGCGGGCGACGACCGGCAAGUGAAGCUGUGGCGCAUGUCCGAGACCAAGGCGUGGGAGGUCGACACGUGCCGCGGCCACUUCAACAACGUCUCGUCCGCGCUCUUCCACCCGCGUCAUGAGCUCAUUGUCUCGGACGGUGAGGACAAGACGAUUCGCGUGUGGGACAUGGGCAAGCGCACGGCCGUGCAGACGUUCCGGCGCGAGCACGACCGCUUCUGGGUCCUGACGGCACACCCGAACCUCAACCUCUUCGCCGCCGGCCACGACAACGGCCUGAUCGUGUUCAAGCUCGAGCGCGAGCGGCCCGCGUUUGCCGUGCAUCAGAACACGCUCUACUACGUGCGCGACCGGCAGGUGCGCCAGCUCGACUUCCAGAGCGGCACCGACUCGGCCGUGCUCUCUGUCAAGCGUCUGGGCAACCAGUACGUGCAGCCGCGCACGCUCAGCUUCAACCCGGCCGAGCGCUCCGUGCUCGUCACCUCGCUCAACGGCGAGACGGGCACGUUUGACCUGGCGCCGCUGCCGCGCGACGGCGCGAGCGACGUGCAGGAGUCUGGCACCAUCGGCAAGCGUGGCUCUGGCUCGUCGGCUAUCUUUGUCGCGCGCAACCGCUUUGCGGUGCUGGACAAGGCCGCGCAGACGAUCGAGAUCCGCGACCUCAGCAACGGCGUCACGAAGACGAUCACCUGCCCGGCGCCGACAAACGAGAUCUUCUUCGGCGGCACUGCGAGCCUGCUGCUGUCCACGGCGACGGGCGUGACGCUGUACGACAUCCAGCAGCAGAAGACGCUGGCCGAGGUCAAGAGCCCGCCAGUGAAGUACGUCGUGUGGAGCAACGACGGCUCGAUGGUUGCGCUGCUCUCGAAGCACACCAUCACGCUCAGCAACAAGACGCUGUCGACGAGCGCGCUUGUGCACGAGACGAUCCGCAUCAAGAGCGCCGCGUGGGACGACAACGGCGUGCUCAUCUACAGCACGCUCAACCACAUCAAGUACGCGCUGCCGCAGGGCGACAGCGGCAUUAUCAAGACGCUCGAGGCGCCCGUGUACCUGACGCGCGUGCGCGGCAAGCAGGUCUGCGUGCUGGACCGCUCGGCGCGCCCGCAGACCAUCGCCAUCGACCCGACAGAGUACCGCUUCAAGCUGGCGCUCAUGAACGGCGACUACGACGACGUGCUGCGCAUCAUCAAGACGAGCAACCUCGUCGGCCAGGCCAUCAUCGCGUACCUACAGCAGAAGGGCUACCCGGAGAUUGCUCUCCACUUCGUGCAGGACAAGUCGACGCGCUUCGACCUGGCCAUCGAGUGCGGCAACCUCGAUGUCGCGCUCGAGACGGCCGAGGCCAUUGGUGCCUCGGAGGUGUGGGACCGCCUGGGCGCCGCGGCACUCAAGCAGGGCAACCACAAGAUCGUCGAGCGCGCGUACCAGAAGACGAAGAGCUUCGAGCGCCUCUCGUUCCUCUACCUCACGACGGGCAACAAGGAGAAGCUGGCGAAGAUGGCGAUCAUUGCCGAGCGCCGCGGCGACGCCAUGAGCCGCUUCCACAACGCGCUGUACCUCGGCGAUGCUGCGCAGCGCGUCGCAGUGCUGCGCGAGUCGGGCAUGGACGCGCUGGCCUACGCCACGGCCAAGUCGAAUGGCCUGCUGGACGAGGCCGCGCGCAUUGCCGAGGAGGCAGGCAUGACGUCGGGCCUGACGGACCUGGAGAUGAGCGGCAAGCUGGGCAGUGCCAGCGGCAGCGGCAGCGCACCAUUGCGGCCACCGCCCGUCAUCACGCAGGGCCACGAGUACAACUGGCCCGUCAUCGGCCAGGCGCAGAGCUUCUUCGACAAGGCGCUCGUGGCGAACGCGGAGGACGGCGGCAUGAUCUUCAAGGACAACGCCGUGACCGGCGCAGAACAGCACAACACCGACGACUGGCUCGACGGCGAUGCGUUCGUCGAUGCCGAGGACGUCGACGAGCUGGGUGCAGUGCUGCAGCCGCAGGCGGUCGGUGGCGUGGCAGCCGUGGCCGAGGCGGAGGAGGCAUGGGAGCUGUCCGAUGGCGAGCUCGCGAUCGACGAGGCCGACGAGUCCCUCGUCGCGCCACUGUCUGCCGCAUCGGCGCCAGACGAGUCGUCGCUGGACGCCGGUGUUGCGGAGGCGGAGCACUGGCUGCGGAACUCGCCGCUCGCCGCCGACCACGCCGCUGCUGGCCGCUUCGACACCGCCAUGCAGCUGCUCACACGGCAGGCAGGCGUCGUCGAGUUCGAGCCGCUGCGCGCCCACUUCCUGCAGGCGCACUCCGUGGCGCGUGCCUUCCUGCCUGGCGCUGCCUCGCUGCCGAGCAUCGUGCUGCACCUGCGGCGCAACCCGGACGAGACGGAGAUGUCCAAGGUGCUGCCCGCGCACGCCCGCACCGUCGCCGAGAUCGGCGCACAGGACCUGCAGGCUGCGUACCGCGCCGUCAACGGCAACAAGCUGGAGGACGCAGAGGCGCUCUUCCGCAAGAUCCUGCACCAGCUCGUCAUGACGGUCGGCCGGACCGAGGCGGAGGGCAACGAGAUCCUGGAUCUUAUCGUGGUCUGCCGCGAGUACCUGCUCGGCAUUGCCGUCGAGCUGGAGCGCCGGCAGGUCGCAGCCUCGGAGCCGGAGAACGUGGCACGGCAACUCGAGCUCGCUGCACUCUUCACGCACGCGCAGAUGCAGCCGCCGCACCAGCAGCUGGCGCUGCGCACGGCCAUGACGACGGCACAAAAGGCGGGUAACGUCAAGAUGGCCAGCUCGUUUGCUCGCCGCUUCCUCGAGCUCAACCCGACGCAGGCGCGCGCUGUGCAGACGGCACAAUCGAUCAUCGCCGCAGCCGACCGCAGCCCGCGCGACGCCGUGCCGGUGCCGCAGUACGACCCGCACGAGCGCACCUUUGUCAUCUGCGCCGCAUCACACUCGCUCAUCCCCGCCGGCGGGCUCGGCGCCGUCGAGGACCCGCUCACGGGCGCCAAGUACAACCCGGAGUACAAGGGCGAGCGGUGCCGCAUCUCGCAGAUCAGCGAGAUUGGCAAGAUCGCCAGCGGCCUGCGGACAUUCGUGGCGUGAGAAGGAAGGGAGCCGGAC